AUGCAUUCAUCGUUUUUUGUAAAUUUGGAUCUUCAUGCUUUGGCCGAAGCUUCACGAUACCUGGGCAUACUAUCGGUGUCUGUGUGGCUCUUUGCACAGCUUCCGCAAAUAUUGGAGAAUCAUAUCAAUCAGUCGGUUUCUGGAGUAUCGUUCUUGUUCCUAGUUUCAUGGAUGAUGGGCGAUGCUACCAAUCUCGUGGGAUGCAUUCUAACACGAGCACUUCCGUUCCAAACGUCUUUGGCAUGCUAUUACUGCUUCAUAGACCUCAUCUUGGGCAUUCAGUACUGGUAUUAUACCAGGGUCUUCCCUCAUCAUCGCAUUCCUCACAAUCUAUUGCAAUCACCAUCCGCCAUUCGAGCGUCCAACCACGCCUGGAAAUCCCCUAGAGACCGGCUUUUGGCCUCCCAAAAGAAGUCUCCCUUCACCAACCUGACGAAAAGUCCCAAACGUAAGCGGAGAGGUACCCAUUCACUAGCUUCGAGGCUCUUGGGGUCUGCUAUAAUCACCAUUCCUGGUGCCCAAGCUGCUCCAGUGGCCCUUGCGGGAUCGCUGGCUAUUUGUUUGCAUUUUAAUUGGGCAAAUCUUGGAAAGUUGCUGGCUUGGACAUGCUCUGGAUUCUACUUGCUGGCUCGGGUUCCCCAAAUCGUCAAGAACUACAACUUGAAGUCAACCAAGGGCACGUCGAUUUUUCUCUUUCUUCUCGCCAUGACAGGAAACUUGCUCUACACAACCUCCAUUGUAAUCAACUUGUACUUGAUUUCCGUGCAAUACUACAAUGAUGACUUGGAAACAGUGUUCUGGUCGCAGCUUCCUUUUGUUGUGGGAAGUCUAGGAACUGUCAUUUUCGAUGCCAUUAUCAUAAUGCAAAAAGUAUACUACAGUGAUAAAGCUCCUUCAACUACACCAGAAAACCCUUUACAUUUCCAAAAGCCCGAUUGGUACACCUCCAAUUUUGAAGACCAGAUUUCACCAUCCACCGCUGAACAUGGUCCACCUCUUCCAAACGAACAUACCCGCCUUCUCAGCUCCCCUAAAAGCUACACGGCCAUCGUGGAACCUCCUCAACAUUACGUGCUGAUAUCGUCAAAGAAUCACUCGACCAACUCGCAAACCAACUUUCUCACCAACACCAUCAGAAGCUUCUCAAGAAACUCAUUUUCUGGUCGCUCGGGGUCCUUUUCAUAUCCCACGUCUCCGGUAAAACCAUCAGUGCCCCGUCCUAUAGCCAAAGACUUAUCCACAUCGUUAAUCCCCUCCAUAGUGGAAAGUUAUUCGUCAGUCUCUAAGAAAAUGCUCGACGACUCCAAAGUGCCGUUUCUGCCUAUCGAUUUUCUCGAGGUGACCCCUAGUGGAAGCUCUGUCGAUCAAACUACAUAG